GGGUCUUGCCUGAAAUUGACAGAAACUGACAAAUGCCUUCGUUUAUGCCUAAGGGAUGCUUCAAAAUGCUUCGGGACUUAUCGUAGUAGUAACAUCUUGCGAGACAAUUUACCCGCAUUGUCCAGUUCGUACAGCCGGAUUGGAAGUAAGGUGCGGAUCACUUGUGAACUUAGGUGACUUCAGUGGAAACGUACAGAUUCAGUGAUGUCCAACAUGGCCAGUUGUGAAGUAGAAGGAUGCUGUUUUCCUGUAAAAAAGGGAAGAACAUGGCGGCAAAGGAAACGGAAAUGUAAAAAUCCUAAGGAGUGUAAAUACACAGUUGAUUGUUUUCCUGCAUUGGUAAAUCUUUCUAAGUGGAUGAAGAAUAGGUGUAGUGGACGAGCACUAAAACCUAGACUAAAAGCAGCUGUUUUUCAUAUAACAGGAAGGGGAUUAAUGACAGCUGAACUAAGUACACAUGGUGCUGGUGUGAGAGGUCCACUGACAAAAAAAUUUCAAGCAUGGCAUGCUCAUCAGAAGUUUGGUGUAAGGAACUGCUUCCAUCCAGGAGCAACAGCUUUGUCAAGAGAUUAUAUGGGAGUUACUACCAAAGAAGUUUCUGGCAGAGAAAUGAUUAGAGCUUUAGCAUCAUACGUAUGGCCAAAGGGAAAUCCAGCUGUUAAAGGACGUGUGAUGACAGCUCUUAGUCUGCUUGUAGGAGCUAAGCUUCUCAAUGUCCAGGUUCCAUUUAUUUUUAAAGAUGCCAUCAAUUAUCUAAAUGAACACACUGGUGAAGCACUCUCUAUGGCUGAUCCAGUUUCAGCAGUAACUACCACAGCUAUAUCUUUGAUGAUUGGAUAUGGUAUUGCACGCAUUGGGGCUGCUGGAUUCAAUGAACUUCGUAAUGCUGUUUUUGCCAAAGUUGCCCAAAACUCUAUACGGAAAAUAGCCAAGAAUGUCUUUCUGCACCUUCACAGUUUAGAUCUCAACUUCCACUUGAACAAACAAACUGGUGCCCUCUCUAAAGCCAUAGAUAGAGGAAGUAGAGGAAUAAAUUUUGUGAUGUCAGCAUUGGUUUUUAAUGUUGUUCCAACAAUUUUUGAAGUUUCUCUAGUGUCAGGUAUUUUGGCAUACAAGUGUGGGCCUGAGUUUGCUGCUGUAACCCUUGCAUCCAUCGCUGCAUACACAGCAUUCACUCUAAGCAUUACCCAGUGGCGAACAAAGUUCAGGGUGGAUAUGAACAAAGCUGAAAAUGAGGCAGGAAAUCGGGCCAUUGAUUCCCUUAUUAAUUAUGAAACUGUUAAGUAUUUCAACAAUGAAAAUUUUGAAGCUCAACAGUAUGACAAGUUUCUGAAAAAAUAUGAGACGGCAUCUCUGAAGACAGCAACAUCUCUUGCUCUUCUAAAUUGGGGUCAAGGUGCUAUAUUCAGUGUCGGACUUGCUGCAAUAAUGGUGUUAGCUACAAAAGGAAUUAUAGCAGGCAAUCUAAGUGUUGGCGACCUUGUUAUGGUGAAUGGUCUCUUAUUUCAGCUGUCCCUACCCCUAAAUUUUUUGGGAUCAGUAUAUCGUGAAGUACGUCAGGCUCUUAUCGAUAUGCAAACUAUGUUCUCUUUGAUGAAGGAACCUUUAACUAUUAAGAAUACAACAAAUGCGAAAGAACUUAUUGUCAGCCCUCAAGAAUCAUCGAUCAGUUUCAACAAUGUUUGCUUUGAAUAUGUUCCAGGAAACCCCAUUUUAAAUAAUCUGACUUUUACAGUUCCUGCUGGAAAGAAGAUUGCCAUUGUUGGUGGAUCUGGGUCAGGGAAAUCCACAAUUGUGCGACUACUGUAUAGAUUUUAUGAACCAAAGAGUGGAAAUGUGACAAUUAAUGGGCAAGAUAUUAAUCUUGUUGACCUUGAAAGUUUGAGGAAAUGUGUUGCUGUUGUUCCUCAGGACUGUGUUCUGUUUCAUGAUACCAUAGCAUAUAACUUGCAUUAUGGAAACUUGAAUGCUGACACUAGCAAGGUUGAAGAGGUUGCUGUUUUAGCAGAAAUACAUAAUUCUAUCCAGAGUUGGCCUAAAGGAUAUGAUACUCAGGUUGGUGAGCGGGGCCUUAAAUUAUCUGGAGGAGAAAAGCAGCGUAUAGCUAUAGCGAGAGCUAUCCUCAAAGAUGCUCCCAUUUUAAUUUUUGAUGAAGCAACAUCUUCAUUAGAUUCUAUAACAGAACAGAGUAUUUUGGAAGCCCUCUCUCGUGCAACAAAAGGCCGAACAUCAAUUUGCAUUGCUCAUCGUUUAUCUACUGUGGUGGAUGCGGAUGAAAUUCUUGUGUUAGAUGAAGGCUCUGUUAGAGAAAGAGGGUCUCAUAAAGAGCUUUUGCAGUUAGAUGGUCUUUAUGCAAGACUGUGGAAUUCUCAACAUCAAGUGUAGGUGCGGCUCAUAGGAGCUUUGAAAGUACAUUAUGUAAUUUACCCUGUAAAAUAUAACUUAUUUGGUUGUAUCAUAAUGCUAUUUGGUUUUAGGUAAUGCUUGAGAAACAUUAAAUUCUGUACUCUUGGUUAUUGUAUUUUUUUUUUUUUUUUUUUUUUUUUUUUGUCACUUAUGAAUACAGUCAUCUGGCCACAGUCUCAUCAACAAUAUAUGAAAAAUGAAUAUUAUUGCUUUUAAGUAAUUUUCCAAUUACUACUGUAAUUGUAAUAUAAUAUUGUUUAGUAAAUGGUUGCAUUUAAGAAACAGCUGUGUUUUGUAUCAUAUGACUAUGUAUAUAUAAAAUGUAUAAAAGAUGAUAGUCUGUAUUUACUCUAAUAACGAAUGAUAUCUCAAUAUCUGAGCAUAUUCAGAACUAAUUGACUUACAUUGAUAGGUUUCCCAUUGGCUUCUGAGUCAGUUUGUGUUUUGUAUUAUUAGUCUUUGGAACUUGGAAUAAAUAUUUGAGGGGAAAAUGUCACUCAAAAACAUAUUUUAAACAUUUUCGUUAUGGCAUUUGUACUGUAUUGGUAUUGAAGGUCCUGAAAAUCUGCACAAAUUGUUUCACAGUGACUGCUAAUUAACGUUCCUCAACAAAUGAAUGUAAAGCCACUUUUACAAUGAUUGUUGUUUAGCAGGGUUUUGUUUAGUUUGGCUUUAGUUGAUUCAUUAGAUUUUAUUUUUCUGGAAGGAAGAACUUUUUAUAACUAAUGACAUAAGGGGUGUUCUUGCUGGAACAAGAAUAGUUUAUAGUUUCUUUCAUGUAUAAAAAUAUCUCUUGACAGUUUUAUGACAGGAGGAAGGCCAAACCAAAUAAAACCAUGCUAAAGUCUGUUACGUGUUUGUUUCAAGAUCUUGAAUAGGAAUAGUGAUGACGAUUGAACUCCCUCAUCAACUUUUUUUUUUUUUUUUCAACUAGUGCUACUGUUGCUUGUUUUUCUAUGAGCAAAAAUAAUAAAUAUUUGAACUUUUGCUGUACAUAUGGUCUUGCUAUAUUGUUUAAAAACUUCAUAUGGACAUUGGCCAAUGGCACGUUCCUUGUUUUUGCACUGUAGAGGAAGAACAUGCUUCAUAUAUAAAUAGGAAAUGGUAGGCUGUUGUGUUAUCAGUUUCUGCUGUCAUUGAUUUCCAUUCUUUCAACAUUUUAUCUCUCAAUUCAUUUGCUAUUACGUAUAAUUGUACAUAAUGUAUAUUGGUGUUUGGAGAAUAUUUUAAAAAUAAAAGAAUGGAUUUUG